UAGACCAUGCGAACUAAAUUUGUGAUCGCAGAAAAUCAAGAUGUUAGAUUGAUUCCGAAGAUCUCUGCGUCGCAAAGGGAAAGUUUUCGUCUCUCGAGUUUGGAGCCGAGGGCCCGUGGGGCAACAUGGCCGAAGGCGGGGCCAGCCAAGGUGUGGAGGAGCGGGGGCAGCUGCCCGAGCCGGAGGAGACCCGGCUCCUGCGUGGAACCGGCCACUGCAAGUGGUUCAACGUGCGCAUGGGCUUCGGUUUCAUCUCCAUGAUCAGCCGAGAGGGGAGCCCCCUGGAUAUCCCGGUGGAUGUCUUUGUGCACCAAAGCAAACUCUUCAUGGAAGGAUUUAGAAGCUUGAAAGAAGGAGAGCCAGUGGAAUUUACAUUUAAGCAAUCUUCCAAAGGCCUUGAAUCAGUGCGGGUAACGGGACCUGGUGGGAGCCCUUGCUUAGGCAGCGAAAGAAGACCCAAAGGGAAGACACUACAGAAAAGAAAGCCCAAGGGAGAUAGGUGGAGACGGCAGGAUUUACUGAUGGAUCAGAUGUGGACUGUGAGAGAAGAAGAGUCCAGGAUGACUCCAAGAUGCUACAAUUGUGGUGGUCUUGACCAUCACGCCAAGGAAUGCAGUCUACCUCCUCAGCCAAAGAAGUGCCAUUCCUGCCAGAGCAUCACGCACAUGGUGGCAGACUGUCCGCACAGACCUGCGCAGCUGCCCGCCAGCUCUCAGGGAAGACAGGAAGCAGAGCUGCAGCCACACGCUUCAGCUGCCCCCAGAGAAGGGGGUGCAGGGCGCGGCAGUGUGUCCCCACCAUUUCCUCAGGAGGCCAGGGCAGAGCCGCCAGAAGAGCAGAACAAGAAGGGGCCUUCCGUCCAGAAGCGGAAGAAGACAUAGUACUUGUCAACGUCUCAUUCUCUCCCCGGCUGGGAAGUCUACCUCAUGCAAGUACAGGGGACAGUGUCCACAGAGAGCAGCUGACCUGGGCUUUAACUACUGUUAAAGAACUGUGAAUUUUUCUUAUCAGACAAAUCUCUAAGCAAAUUACAUUUGAGCAGGGUGUGAUGUUUUAUGUAACCCGGAGAAUGAGAUGCUACGUACACAUGGAUACAUGGAUGUGUAGCAGGUGGAAAGACUGAGAGAGAGAGAGAGAGAGAGAGAGUGUGUGUGUGGAAUGCCCACAUGUAUACAAAGAGGGUCUGUCUUUAUAUGUGUGUGCAUUGAGAUAAAAAAAAGCACACACCUU